UUCAAGACAAAGAUGAAUCUGCGUUCUGUAUUUACUGUAGAACAACAAAGGAUAUUGCAGCGUUACUAUGAAAAUGGAAUGACAAAUCAAAGUAAAAAUUGCUUUCAGCUCAUAUUGCAGUGUGCACAAGAAACUAAACUGGAUUUCAGCGUGGUCAGGACGUGGGUUGGCAACAAGCGGCGGAAGAUGAGCAGCAAGAUCGCCGUGGAAUCUGGGGGCACCCCCCCAGGCACUGCCCCCGCCACUCCCUCCGUGCCCCCGGAAGCAGCGGUGAGAAACGUGGUGAAUAUCGCUCGAUCCCAAAGCCAGCAAUCCUCUUGGACCUCUUCUAACAACGACGUGAUAGUGACCGGUAUCUACAGCCCCGCCGGCUCCUCGGGCCGCCCGGGAGCCGCCAAGCACACGAACGCCUCCGUGGCAGAGCUGCACAAAACCUCCAUCCCACGGCUCCCGGGCAAGAGCGACGCGGACUUCCAGCAGCAGCACAUCCCUCUGGGACGGCAGGUACCCCACUGUAAGAACGCUUCCCUCUUGGUGGGGGAAAAGACCAUUAUUCUGUCCAGGCAAACGAGCGUGCUCAAUUCUGCAAACUCCAUCUACAGUCACACGAAGAAAAGCUACGGCAGCUCCUCGGUGCAGACGGCGGAGCUGGUGUUACCUCAGAAACCCAUGAUUUGCCACCGGCCCUGCAGGGCCGAGCCCUUGGCGUGCCAGCGCUUGCACAAGGCCGAGCCCGCGGCCCUGGCGCCGCACGUGGCCCCGGGGCCCAGGGCUCACCCCAGGGAGCCCGGCUGCGGCACCCAGAACCUGGAGAUCCGCGAGGUGUUCUCGCUGGCCGUCACGGACCAGCCGCAGCGCCUGGUGCCGGGCAGCGCGGCGCAGAAAGCGCCCUCGCUGGAGGGCAGCUGCCUGUCCAUCGCCAUGGAGACGGGCGACGUGGAGGACGAGUACGCCCGCGAGGAGGAGCUGGCCUCCAUGGGGGCGCAGAUCCAGAGCUACUCCAGAUACUGUGAGGGCAGCGGCUCCGGCCGCGGGGACAACCAAAGCGCGGCCGCGGCCGGGCCGGGCCGCAGCGGGGGCUGCGGGGCACAGCUGGGCCCUGCCCGCGACGGGCCCGACAAUCUCCUCUACCACAGCAGAGAGUUCCACCUGCCCGCACGGACCUCAUUGCACACAGCAUCCAGCACGAUUUAUAACCCUGCCAGCGCAGCCAGAAGUACCUUUUCUCCUCAUUUUACAUCUUCAAGUCAACUGAGGCUGUCACAAAACCAAAAUAAUUACCAGAUUUCAGGAAACCUUACUGUGCCUUGGAUUACAGGUUGUUCCAGAAAAAGAGCAUUACAGGACCGCACACAAUUUAGUGACCGAGACUUAGCUACCCUAAAGAAAUACUGGGACAAUGGCAUGACCAGCCUGGGCUCAGUCUGCAGAGAGAAAAUUGAAGCUGUGGCUGCAGAAUUAAAUGUUGACUGUGAAAUAGUUCGGACUUGGAUUGGGAAUCGAAGACGGAAAUAUCGUUUAAUGGGGAUUGAGGUCCCACCCCCUAGAGGAGGUCCUGCUGAUUUCUCUGAUCAAUCUGAAUUUGUUUCUAAAUCAGCACUUAAUCCAGGAGAGGAAACUGCUACUGAAGUGGGGGAUGAUAAUGAUAGGAAUGAUGAAGUAUCAAUCUGCUUAUCUGAAGGAAGCUCACAAGAAGAGACAAAUGAAGCUCUUCAAAAUGAAGAAAUUGGCCACAAAGAUGAUGACCAGAAUCCAGUUUCCACUGAUAAUGUGAAAAUAGAAAUUUUAGACGAUGAGGAGAGUGAUCUGAUCAGCAAUUCUGAAGUGGAUCAGAUGAGUUCUCUUUUGGAUUACAAGAAUGAAGAAGUCAGGUUCAUCGAGAGUCAGCUGGAGAGCCACAAACAGAAAUACUUUGAGCUGCAGACGUUUACCCGGAGUUUGAUACUUGCAAUUAAAGCAGAUGAUAAGGAACAGCAGCAGGCUCUGCUUUCAGACUUACCUCCUGAACUGGAAGAGAUGGAUUUCAACCACACCUCCCCGGAGCCCGACGAUACCUCAUUCAGCCUCUCGUCGCUGUCGGAGAAGAACGCCUCAGACAGUUUGUGAUGCUCUGCUCUGGAGAGACA